AACAUUCGAUCCGAUCCUUGUCUGUUCCUUUCACAUUUUGUGUUAUAGCGCCAGCUUGCGACACCUGCACUAUAAUGUCAACACAAACUACAAAAAAAGACCUCGAGCUCGCGCCACGGCCACGGAAAUUUCCGUGGCUAGCAUCGCCGCGCCGGUAUCGCACCAUAACCACCACCGGAUCGGGGAACUAGCUGGCCCGCCAAAGAUUCGAUCGGCCGCGCUGCGCUGAUUGUAAAUGCAUAAUGUGUAUUGUUGCUGUGUUUCUAUCCCUGUGCUGAGAACUACAUGGGCUGUAGGCGAGCUUGGAUUAUGACAUAUUCCACCAAGUGAUUGGGACUAUUUCAGGAUAUUAUUCUAUGGAAGGUAUCAGGGUGGAAUAUUCUGACAAUUAGCUCAGGAGAAUCACGUUUAAUCGGUGAAAAACCACCUGUAAAUUGCAGCCAUGUCCAAAGUAAAUGUUGCAGUGCGUGUUCGGCCAUUCAAUCGUCGAGAGGUUGAAUUGCAGACGAAAUGCUGUGUGGAUAUGGAAGACAACCAGACGAUUCUCCACCCCGUCACGGGCAAAGCAUCGGAUAGGAAAGGCACAAGAACAUUUGCAUUUGAUCACUGCUUCUUCUCCAUGGAUGAAAAGAAUAAGAAAUUUGCAAGUCAGCUGAAAGUAUUUGACUGCCUGGGCAGGGAUCUCUUAGACAAUGCCUUUGAAGGAUACAAUGCAUGCAUCUUUGCAUAUGGACAAACUGGAUCAGGUAAAUCCUACACCAUGAUGGGUACAGAGGAUCAGAAGGGUAUAAUCCCUCGCCUCUGUGAUACCCUGUUUGAGAGGAUGGCCAAGGAAGCUAAUGAGGACACCCUUUCUUUCAAGGUCGAGGUCUCCUACAUGGAGAUCUACAAUGAGAAAGUCAGAGAUUUGCUCGAUCCAAAAGGGAACAAACAGAAUCUGAAAGUUAGGGAACACAAGAUUUAUGGUCCAUAUGUGGAUGGCUUAUCUACCCUUGCUGUCUCCUCAUUCGAGAACAUAGAAGCCUUGAUGUCAGAAGGUAACAAGUCCAGAACUGUUGCAGCAACCAACAUGAACUCAGAGAGCAGUAGAUCACAUGCAGUCUUCAAUAUCACCCUAACACAGACACUCACUGAUAUAGAAUCAGAUGUAUCUGGUGAAAAGGUAAGCAAAAUCAGCUUGGUUGACCUAGCAGGAAGUGAAAGGGUGCACAAGACAGGGUCAUCAGGUGAAAGGUUACGAGAAGGCAGUAACAUCAAUAAAUCCCUAACAACGUUAGGUCUAGUCAUCUCUCAUCUCGCCGAUCAGUCGUCAGGGAAGAAGAAGAACAGUUUUGUGCCUUACAGAGACUCAGUACUAACAUGGCUUCUGAAGGAAUGCCUUGGAGGAAAUAGUAAAACUGUCAUGGUUGCCACGGUGAGCCCAGCAGCUGAUAAUUACGAAGAAUCGUUAUCAACAUUACGGUAUGCAGACAGGGCCAAGAGGAUCGUCAACAAUGCCGUGAUCAAUGAAGAUCCCAAUGCAAAGAUCAUCAGAGAACUCAGGGAAGAGGUUGAUAUGUUGAAGAAGCAACUUAAAGAAGCAGAGAGUAUGAAAGCUGACAGUCUGAAGGAUCGACUAGAGGAAUCAGAGAAGCUGAUGAAAGAGAUGUCACUGAGUUGGGAGGAAAAACUAGUCAACACAGAAAGAAUACACAAAGAGAGGCAAGCAGCAUUGGAACAAAUGGGCAUCUCCGUGCAGACGUCCGGCAUCAAAGUUGAAAGAAAUAAAUGUUUUUUGGUCAAUCUCAAUGCGGAUCCUUCUCUCAAUGAACUGCUUGUUUACUACCUCAAGGAUCACAAUGUAGCUGGUAGGCCUGAUGAGGACACACAGACGGAUAUCCAGCUUAACGGACUCGGCAUCAUGCCAAGACAUUGUACUAUUGAUGUAGAAAAUGAGAUCGAUGUCUAUAUCACUCCUUGUGAAAAUGCAAAGGUGUAUGUGAAUGGAAGUGCAGUCACAAGCAAGACGUCAUUGAGGCACGGUGACAGGAUAUUACUCGGCAACUACCAUUUCUUCAGGAUAAACUGCCCUCGUGCACCAGGAGUUGGAUCAAGUGGAACAACAACCCCCGAACCUGUAGCCCAGCCUGUUACAGAAAGCUUUGACUUUGAUUAUGCACAGAAUGAAGUCAUGAUGCAAGAACUACACAACGAUCCUGUCCAAGCUGCAAUGAAACUCUUAGAAGAUCAACACCAGAAGGACAAAGAUGGCGCCCUCUCCAAGCAGCGUGAGGCGUACGAGCAGGAGCUGGCCGCACUCAAGCAGCAGCUGCUUCCCAAGAACUCCACAGGCCACCAAACCAACAACAGGCAGGAGGACAGAAGGAUAGAGGAUGAGGGAAACCAGAGCCAGAGUGGGGAUGGGUCAUCGUUAGGGGUGGGGUCGUCGCUAGGGGUGGAGCCAUACGAGGAGUGGAGCGAAGAUAGGGACGAUAUGUUCAGACAGAGCCUGGCCAAGCUGAGGGAAGACGUUGUCAAAGCAAAUGCCCUAAUCAGAGAGGCCAACUUCCUGGGGGAGGAAAUGGGGAAACAGACAGAGUUCAGAGUCACACUGCAAAUACCCGCCUGUAACCUUACUCCAAAUAGGAAGAGGGGAGCAAUAGUGAGUGAACCAGCCAUUCAGGUGAAGCGUAAGGACAGGGGUACACAAAUCUGGUCCGUGGAAAAGUUAGAGAAUAAGAUCAUUGACAUGCGUGAUAUGUACAACGAUAGAAAAGAUAAAGGCAUUCCAUUAAAGGAUGAAGAAACAGAUUCGCUUCGCAAGCUCUCCUUCUUUGAGUCACAGGACUCGCUCGCAUCUCCAAUGUCUCUACUACCAUUGCCAUUGCCACUGUUUAAGGACCAGAAUUUGACAGUUCCUGUUCCAAGCAAUGUUCAGACUCCUUCUCCAGCAUCAGAGGAUGAAGAUCCGUUUUACGAAUCUCAAGAAAAUCACAGCCUCAUCGGGGUUGCUAAUGUCUUCCUAGAAGUGCUAUUUCAUGAUGUGAAACUAAACUACGGUGUGCCGAUCAUCAGCCAACAAGGGGAGGUUGCUGGGAAACUAAACAUAGAGAUCCAAAGGAUAAGUGGGUCUAUACCAGAUGUGAAUGGAGAAGAAGAGUCGACCACCUCUAACGGUAGUUCUGGAGGAUCAGAAGGGGCGGAAGAACCAGACCCUGAGGGAAGCCUAGCAGUAGGAGCACCUCUCACCUGCAGGUUAAAAAUCAAGGAAGCCUAUGAUCUACCACUGAGUCUAGCCCAUUUUGUCUUCUGCCAGUAUACCUUUUUUGGCAAAGAUGGUCCUACUGUAGUCCCACCCUAUAUAAAUCCUGAUGUUGAUGAUGAACCUGGAAGGGGCCCUGAAGCUACGAAGGGUGUUAUGAAGUUCAACCAUACAAAAGAAUUCACAGUGAAUGUGACAGAAGAGUUCAUAGAGCACGCCCUGGAGGGAUCACUAGCUGUGGAGGUGUGGGGUCAUCGUGUCGGCAACCAUGGUCUCAUCUCCAAACCUGGCUGGGAGAUCGACAGCUUACAUUCCAAGUCGAGAUCCCUGGCAGAUAGACCAGUGACUGAGUAUGAAAGUUUUGGAUGGACUGAGUUAAUAAGGAAGAUUGAGCUUUGGGUUGAGAUUCAUGAAUUGAAUGAACAAGGUGAAUACGUACCUGUCGAGAGCCAUAUCAAGCCUGAGGUUCUAACCGGAGGCAUCUUCCAAAUCAGACAGGGUCACUCUCGGAGGAUACUAGUGAGGGUAAAACCAGUCCAGAACUCUGGGACUUUACCAAUCAUCUGUGAAGCCAUUACAUCAAUCUCCGUUGGUAGCAUCUGCGCUCGCUCCAAGCUCCAGAAAGGUCUGGAUAGCUACCAAGAUGGAGACCUGACCAGGCUGAGGGAGAGAUGGUCAGACGCCCUGAUGAAGAGGAGAGAAUAUCUUGAUGAACAGAUUCAUAAAAUUAUGCAUAAACCGGGGAGAACACAGAAAGACACUGAGAGAGAAGCCAGCCUGAUCAACCAGUGGGUCUCCCUCACAGAGGAGAGGAAUGCUGUCUUGGUCCCAGCCCCAGAGAGCGGGGUACCAGGGGCACCUGCUAACUGGACCCCUCCUGCGGGCAUGGAGACACAUAUACCAGUACUAUUCCUUGAUAUUGAAACUGAUGAGAUGGGUACAUCAGGUUUACUUGAAGGAAUUCAUGCAGCUGGUUAUCACUCCAUCCUACCAAAGGAACUUGGGACUAAGAUGGUCAAUCUACCCAUUAUCAAGUACUAUGAAAAAGAUGUGUGUGCGUGUGCAUCAUGGGACUCCUCCCUCCAUGACUCACCGUACCUGAACAGAAAUACCAACCCUAACGAACGCAUCUAUCUCAUCGUCAAGGCGGUGGUUCAGCUUAGUCACCCCGCAACCAUGGAAUUGGUCGUCAGGAAACGCAUCUGUGUCAAUAUCUACAAGAAACAAGGUUUUGCAACGGCAUUCAGAAGACGGCUAGGGAAAGGGGACACAGUUCAUUCCUGUGGUGUGACCUAUGAGAUUGUCUCAAACAUUCCAAAGGCAUCAGAAGACCCUGAAGACCGGGAAUCCUUGGCCUUGAUGGCUGCAGCAGGAGCGGAAGAGAAUGGCAGUACUGGAGAUGGGGAAACUUACAUUGAGAAGUACACAAGAGGGGUUUCGGCAGUCGAGAGUAUCCUAGCACUUGAUAGAUUACGGCAGGAGGUCAUCAUCAAGGAGAAGCUGGCCAGUAGGGGGCGCAAUUUGAGGAAGACGUCCAGUGUACCGAACAUACCUGGCUCCAUUUCACGCAACCUUGACAUGAGUCGAUCCAUGGACUGCCUCGAUGAAGAUUUCAGGAUACUACGUUGGGAGAGUCUGCGAAACCUUGGACCUCCAAGUUCACCAACCCUUCCAGGAAGUGCCGGGAGUCCAGUGGUGUAUAGCAAGGCCACAUCCCGCCCCAGAACGCUCCAGGUGUCUUCCUCCGACUCCAAAUCAGAAACCAGCGACUACUGCAGCUCCCCCGGAAGCAUGCAGUUCAAUUCCAGCCCGGGCGCUAGCCCGUCCCACCCAAACAUGAGCCACGCCCAUCCAGGGAUGACUUCCACAGCGCACCCGUUGAUGGGUGGAGUCCACCCUUCUGGGGGUCCCAUACUACCCUCCAUGAGCCCCUUGCUCCCGUCCAUGGGGACGGCCAAUCCAAGGAGACCCAGUACUGGCAAGUCUCCCGGGGGUAAGCAGCUUAGACCAGUCCAAGAGGAGGCCAGGGCAGCUAGGUCAGCACCCAAGAUGGAAGCAAAAACUCUUUAUUAUGUUCAGAAGAGACAUCGUGCAAUAAAGAUGAGUGAAGAGAAGAUGAAUAGACGUCGUUCGGAACCUCCCCAUGCAGCUACCGAUGCCAAAUCCACCCCUCCAAAAAGUGAUGUCUUCCAUAGUGAUGUAACUACAGCACUGAACCGGUCUGCGGAGCCUAGUGUUGGGAGGAAGAAUCCAUUUCUCAGAGGUGAUUUGUCUUGUGAUGGAAGUGCUACAGAUGAUCGCCUAGUGUAUCUCCCCUCCCAGGAAAUGGAACAUCCCAGGACCAUCCUGAGAACAAGUCAUAGCUGGAAUGGUCCACUAGAGGCUGGCAGGGAUGCAACCAAUGAUGAAAAUGAACAAAAUGAUUUAUCCUUCCAUACUCCACCCCCUGUACCAGGAAUAGAUUCUUCCACUCCUGUACACUCAUCCAGUGGGAGUUGGGAUGUGCCAGUGGACCAAAGGGGGAAAGGGUUACGCGGAGGGGGUGAUGUUGAUGAUAUGUAUUUGACUUUUGGUUCCUGCAGCCUUUCUGAACCCAUUUAUGCAAAUGAAGUCUGUUCUUUAGUUGAGGACCAACCAAUUUUUAUCAAACCGAAGUGGGUUUGCCAGGAACAGAAAUUUUGACGACGUCAUUGGAACUUACAUAUCUUAAGAAGUCAGUAGUGUUCUAUACAUUGCUUUUGAAGUAAUUGCAGUGUAUAAUUUUCAUUUUGCCAAAGGGAUAUAUAAAUAAUCUGGUUGUAACAUUCUCUUUGCUGUCAAAUUACAUUUUACUUUUAUUAUUAAUUGUAUAUUGUUGUGUUACCUAAAGUGAUCUUGGCAUCAGAAAUGGUUUCUUACUGUUGACUAUCAAAUGCUAACACAAUUUGUUAUUUUUUUUCUUCAUGUGAUCUUGGUGUCCUCCCCUUUCUUAUUCUUAAUCUCUCCAUCUCUCCAUCUCCUCAUUUUCCCUCUCCUUCUACUUCUCUUACAUUUCUUUCUCUUCUUAUCCUCAUUUCCAUUUUUCAUUCUGUUCAUCCUCUUUUUUUCCUUCUCUGCUUAGAACUGUUUUAGAGUUUGCCUUGUAGCCUCAUUUUAAUAAUUGUGAAAAGGAAGAUUUUCAGUCUUUCUUAGUAAUUAUUUUGUCCCAUUUUAAGACCUUGCAAAUCUACUUUAUUCUGUAAACUGUUCUCAAUUUUCUUUACUAGUUGAUUUCCAUUCAAUUCAUGAAGUUGUCCCCAACGUUUAUACUUUGUUAUGUGGUCAAACAUCAUGCGCUGAGACAAUCAAGGUUUUAAAUACUUUUUUAUGUUAUUUUUUCUUUACUAUUAAUCAUUAAUUUUGUUUUAUAGCAUUUUAAAAUAUCUCAUAUACUUUCAUAUUUUUGGUGGAAUCCUUGAAAUAGGAAUAUGAAUAAUUGUCUGUCUUGCCCUCUUCAUAGGAUAACAAAUGGAUUUUGACAAAUCUCUUACUGCUUCAAUCAGUUUUAUAGUCACAAAAGUCUAGAUGCAAUCUAUAGAUCUUAAGUACAAUACUGCUAAAUAUUAUGACAGAUGUUUUAUUGGCCAGUCAAAAUGCAUGGUUUCACAGACCUGCCAACCAGUACGUUUUUGUAACCAAAAUAUGGCAGUACGUUUUUU